AUGUCUACUUCAAAACCAAUAAGUUUUUCUGCCGAUCUCAUUCACCGUGAUUCAUUAGAAGGAUCAACCUCGUAUAUCCAAGAUGUCAACGGAACUGACUCUAUGGCAAGAACCAUUAGUCAUUCCAGAUCUCGCUUGUCUUAUUUGAAAUCCAAGCUAAAGGUCCCCAACAAUCACGCGGUGGAAACUACAAACAUUCAAUCAACAAUUAUGGCCGGUGGUUUAAUGUACCACAUGGAGAUUUUCGUUGGCACACCACCUGUCAAGCAAAUUGUGGGCGUGGACACUGGCUCCGACAUGAUAUGGAUUCAGUGCCACCCAUGUGAGCAAUGCUUCCGACAACUUCUACCCAUAUUUAAUCCCAGUAUGUCAUCGUCGUAUAAAGCAUUAAGAAGUGGUUCGGAUGAGUGUAAGGAAUUAGGAGAUAAACGUAUGGAUCUUGAAGACAAUAAAAUAUGCAAAUAUAGUAUAAUCUACGGUGACUGUACAUACAGCUCUGGGGAUCUAGCCAAGGAAUCUUAUAGAGUUGGCCGCACAAACAUCCCAAACAUUGUUCAAGGGUGCGGGAAUUUGAAUGUAGGGAAAUAUGACGUGAAGAGCACCGGUAUACUCGGGCUUGGACUUGAUCCUCUAUCAUUCAUUUUUCAGACUCAAGAUUCAACUGGUGGAAUGUUUUCAUACUGCCUAGUAUCUCGGUUCGGUUCAAACCCAAAUGCAAGGAGUAGGAUUAACUUUGGAAAUAUUAUGUCAUCCUUCAAUUCGUAUGAUGUGGUAUCCACACCAUUGCAUAUGGUGAUAGGCAGCUCAUUAUAUUUUCUCACAUUGGAAUCAAUCAGCGUCGGACAUAUGACAAUUCAAAUGCCAAGAAAAAUUGGUAACAUCGUGAUUGACAACGGGAGUACUUUAAACUAUUUGCCCUCGCUGGUGUUAGCAAAUAUGAAGCAUGCACUAAGACAACAGAUUCAUAAAACACCAUCAAAUGUUCCUGGUCAACUUUGUUAUGAAAUGAACACCGAUAUUCCUACUAUCACUUACAAUUUUGCUAAUGGCGCUAGCUUAGCUUUGUCAAAGACGAACACAUUUAUUAUAUACGAGAACAAUAAGUUGUGUCUGGCUGUGCUAGAAGAUGAAGUAGAUGAAGACAAUGAAAAAGAAACAUCUAUAUUUGGGAUACGGGCACAAAUGGACUUCUUGAUUGGAUAUAAUAUUCCCGAUGCUACGAUCUAUUUUAAACCAACUGAUUGUUCAAGGGAAGGCAUGUAA